CAUGGUUCCUCCGCUCUCUCUCCGAAGAGUUACAGCAGCGGCAGCCGCUGUAGCCGCAGCACUAGUUCUGUCUCCUCCGUCCUAUCUCUUCCUGCCAGUCGCAGCGUAGCUGUGCUGAGUCAAAGUGGUGGGAGAGCUGCUGGUGGCAGGCGGUGCUGCAGGAGACGUCGGCCUCCAUUGUGCUGCUCCCCAUACAGCUGUAGCUGCGUUAUUCCUGUAGUGCAGUUAGCCAGGGGAACACAUAACAUGCAAACUUCAUACAAGACCAUUCUGUAUAACAUGUAAGCAGAAAAGACAAACUACAUGCAACUAACUAUUGCAGAAUUUACAACUGCAUAAAGUCUUGGAUUAUAAUUUUUACUAGAGAACGAGUCUGAGCAGAAAUCUAUUAUUUAAUCAGUUUUAUUUUAUUCUACACAAUUUUAUACUGUAACAAAUACUGAAAUAUGCCUUUAUUAAUAUAUUGGACAGAAUAAAUAGCUUUUAUUUUAUUUUUCCUUGUAUGACCGUGUCAUACUACUUGCCUUUAUGCAUCAUAAAGCUACGUGUUAUGCGUUUGUGCCAUUGUGCUUCAUUGAUUGUACAAUAAAAUCAAAACUGGUGCCCUAUACACAAGCAACAUAAAAUGUCUGUGGAAUACCAGGAGGCAUCGGAGACCCUGCUCCAUGGAGAAUUUGGAGUCUACCCAUCCAAAGGUAUUCGCUAUGCACUUAGCCUGACCCGCACAGGACUCCACAUCCAGAGACUGGUGCCCAAACCUGAUGAUGACCAACGGACGGUGCUACCCAUCCUUGACAUGGUGGGAUGUCACACUCUGCGUAGUCAUGGCUCAAAUGAUGUUUUUGCCUAUUUUUCAAUUUAUUCCUAUCCGUUAAAGAAAAAGAAGGUUGCUAUGGGUUCUACGCGCACACGCCAACGGUUGGUUCGCACUUUUAGGGUGGAUAAAACCUCAGACUAUGAGCAGAAUCAGGCCAUUGCUGAGAAGUGGGCGAUAUCAAUAAAGUGUCUCAUUCAACAAAUCCCAAUCUCCAGUGAAACAGAUGUUGUUCCAGAUCACCAGCCUAGACCCCGGCGCCUGUUGCUUUUGGUGAACCCCUUUGGAGGACGAGGCAAUGCCCUGCAGCAGUGCCAAACACACAUCCUGCCUAUUAUCACAGAAGCAGAUAUUAGUUAUAACCUUAUACAAACAGAAAGACAAAAUCAUGCUCGAGAACUGAUGCAGAGUAUCAAUUUAGAGGAGUGGGAUGGUAUCGUAGUCAUUUCCGGAGAUGGGCUGCUAUUUGAGGUUAUUAAUGGUUUGAUGGAACGCCCUGAUUGGGAGGAUGCAAUUAAGAUGCCUAUUGGAAUUCUCCCGUGUGGCUCAGGAAAUGCCUUGGCUGGAGCUGUGAACUAUAAUGCAGGGUUUGACCAGGCAAUGGGAUCAGAGCUGCUUCUUAACUGUAUCUUACUGCUGUGCCGUGGUACGGUAAUGCCUAUGGACCUGGUAUCUGUGACGACUUGCUCUGGAGCCCGUUCUUUCUCUUUCCUGAGCAUUGCUUGGGGCUUCAUCUCUGAUGUAGACAUAGAAAGUGAGAAAUACAGACACAUGGGUUCUGCUCGUUUCACUGUAGGGACCAUGGUGAGGGUGGCUUCACUGCGCACUUACAGAGGCCGUCUUUCUUAUCUCCCAGCUCUGGAUGCUCACCGUCCUAUCUGCAGGAGCAUAACAUUAUCUCCUAAUGGGUGCCUUGUACCAUUACAGCGCACACAGCUACACCGUACCAUUUCAGAUAUCGGCCUCUGUGAGGAGCGCAAUGUUAUAUAUAAACGGAGCUCUGCAACCUUUGAUACCGAGUUGCCAAGCUUUGAGACUUCACCUUCUCCAGGCUCACCAACAGCAUUGCACACCUCCAGGUUCACUUUUGACAUGGUGUCUGAUGACCAAUCUCCAGAAGAUCAUGUGUUGUCAAAUGAUAUAGAAUCUCCAGCACAUAAUCUAGUAAAUGGACCAAAAGAUGAUCUCCUGCCUCCCCUCGGGCAACCUGUGCCGAAGUCCUGGGUAACUGUGGAAGAUGAUUUUGUACUAGUAUUGGGCAUUUAUCAAACUCACCUUGGAGCUGACAUGUUUACAGCACCCUUUUCCCGCUUUGAUGAUGGUUUGAUCCAUCUACUCUUUGUUAAAGCCGGAAUCUCCCGGACCGCCCUUGUGCGCCUAUUUUUGGCAAUGGAAAAGGGGUCGCACGUUGGAAUGGAGUGCCCAUACUUGGUACAUGUUCCUGUUCAAGCAUUCCGCCUAGAGCCCCUUACACGGAAGGGUAUACUGACUGUGGAUGGGGAACAGGUAGAAUAUGGCCCAAUUCAGGCUCAAAUACACAAUCGAUUUGGUAAUCUCAUCACUGGGUCUGGUAGAAUUCGUAUGAGCUCUACCUAGGGUUCGCUUACUGCCACACAGUCUUUUUGCAUUGCAUUGUCGCCCCCCUCCCCCAAGUUUCAUCAAUGCUUUAAUAGAUUUAAAAUAGAACAGCUAGUCCUGGUUUAGAAAAUUUAGUAAAUCUUAUCAUAAUUGGAAUUGUGGCAUGUGCCUAUUUAUGUUCUUGGUGCCAGUCACCAAUCAGAGCAUGUUUUUAAUGGGUUCCUUAUAUAUCGAUUUUUAUACUAUUAUCUGCAAGAAAAAUCUUAAGCCAAGCUUUUAUUUAAAAAAUGCAGUUAAGUAGAACUGCUGUGGAUCUCAGAAAGUCUUACUAGUACUUUUAUAUCAAGCUUACUGUAGAUAUGAAUGUCUUCAUUUUCAAUUAUAUUUUGAGCUGAAUCAUGGUAAAUUUAAAUUUAAGAACAGGAAUGAGUACACCUGUUAUAACGUUUGUUCCAAAGUGAUAGGGCGUCUGUGUGCCCGUAGCACAGGACAUUUAAAUUCCAUCCCCAAAAAAACCACAAACAUUUAUUUAUAGUAGUGCUUAUUUUGCACGUAGGCACAACACUAAACUUGAAGGAGCGGCACCCAUAUUUUCCUAAAGUUGUGUCUAAUAAUACAUUUUUGAAUGAAGAAUUUUUAGCAAAGAAAACAAUUUAUAUUUAUGUGGCAAUAAACACUCAUUGAUCGAUGAGUUUACAAAAAACUAUACGGGUAUGUGAACCCUGACGUAUAAAGAAAGAUAGGACAUGUUCACCACUUGUGCAGUUACUGGUUGAGCACUGCUAAACAAUGUCAGGAGGAGUAGAGUGCUCGGAGAACUCUAAGGGAAGGUGGUAGUGGGUAGGUAUUAUUUUCCAAUGCAUUUUAAGCUUGCUCCUCCAAGUUCUGAAACAUGAACCUUCUCUAGAAAACCAUUUCCAAGAAAUGUGGAUAUUAAUUCCCAUACCGAUACAGUUUUUUACAGUAGAAAUUAACCAAUGCAUAUGUAACCAGAUUAUUUGCCUUGCUGUUUCACAUAAUUUAAUUUCACCAUUCUUUUUUCCUCUGGCCCUUUAAAGCUAUGCAUUCGUUACGCAAAGCCAAGGUUGAUGUGAAUGUAUACAUUCAGUCAGUUAUUAAGUGAUUAUUACAUUCCAGGAAAACAUUUGCUAUUAAACCCAACAUGCUGAUGGAAGCCUUGCCUUCAGUGUACAGCCUAUAAUUGGACAAAUCUUCAUGUGCGAUGGCCAGGGUCUUAUACUAAUAGUUUAUUUUCCAAAUAGCCAGUGAUGCUAGUAUAAAAUUUCUUAACAGCUGCUAUUUAAGGCUUUUUGCUAUUUAGAAGGGGCAGGUAGUCAUUGCUUGUUUGUGCAUGCUUAAAGGCUGGUUUCCACUUUUUGUAUUGGAAAAGUCUGGCAUGUAAACUCCUUGCUAUUCCUUACCUGAAUAAUGGGAAAGACCCAUUCCUGUGGGCUGUUCAAGCCAUACUUAUGGAUCCUUGCCACAUGAUGAGACCGUUGCCCCACCUCCACCACUUCAGGCAGAUUAGGCUGUUGUCACCAUAACCUCAAACACAAACCUACGCUAAUUAGAAUAGGUGUAAUGGCCAAUAUCAGGCUAGGCUUGGUGUCUACUCACUUAGCAGGCCCUCCAUUACAGGGCCCAGUAUAAUCAUGGGCCCUAAAGCGCCAGAAGGGACUUCUCUAAUUCAAGUAAUGGGCCCUUAGAGGUUUGGGAGAUAACAUACAACAUACAAUUGUAAUUGGUCUUUAAACAGUGUCUUACUUUGUGUACAUUGAUAUAUGCUAUUUGUAUCAUGAAUUCUGAAUCUUGAAUUCUCUUGAGUAGCAUAAUUUUAUAUUUAUUGGAAUGGAUUGCCACAACAAUGUACCUAGUGAGCUGAUGUCCUUUCACAAGGGUGUAUAAUAUACUGUCUUGUGUGUUUAAACAUAUAAACAACUGAUGUUCCUCUGUUUGCCGCACAAGGGAGUGCCUAGAACAUAACGUGCCAAGAGUGUUUAAUACCUUAUCUCAGGUUCUAAGUCUGGCUAUGAGAUUGUGCAGUGCUCUCUUAUGGGUUUGGCGCUCGCCACCACUUCUCUCUGUAUCUGCCUCCUGAGUCUAGUUAAUAACACACUAUGUUCUAGGCACUAUCCCAGGCAAGCAGUGGGAAAAUGAAUAACAAUGCUUUGGAAAACAUCCUUCUGUCAGUUAAGGAUAUAAAUACAAGUGGUUGGAGUUUCUUAUUAUGGCUGCUUAUACAGACCCUGAUAUUAACAGAUCGUUGCUUUAUAUUGAGAGUUGUGUGGAUUCUGCCUGACCCAUCAAGUCUUCAGCUCCCUUGUUUGUGUGUUCAUGUGAAGAUACGCCUGGCAUUUUGCACUAGUGUACAGAACUGAAAUGACCACAAUCUCAGGAUGCAUUGGAUCGGUUUUGUAAUAAGAAAUUGACGUUUGUCCUAAUUUUUGUAUGUACUAUAAUUUCUUAAGAUGAUUCUGCUAGUUUAUUAAUGCAUACUUGCCAGAACAAUAUUUGUAGCUAAAUUAAUGCUUGAGAUAUGGAUAAUAGUUUAAGCAACAUUUUUGCUUUUUUGUCAAGUUUUCAUCUCUUAGCAAAUGAAAUAGGAUUAAUAUACUUCCUAAAUUCUCCGCAACAUCAGAUGGGUCUUGCCCAUGCUGUGUCUGUAGCUGAUAUGUCACCAUACUGCCAUCUGCGGUGGGACGUGUUUGUAAAGGGGCAAUCACUUACAAGGCAAAACCAUGCCUUGUAAGUGAUUGCCUCUUUAAAAAAAAAAAAGUCUGUUAGGCCGCCAUCUUGUACGGCAUUACAUCCCGCCCCCUGUGUUAAGGCACUGUAAAUUUUAAAUAUUGACACGGGGAAACCAUUAGGGAUCCUUGUCUUCCAGAACAUCUCUUAAGCUAGGUACACCCCAUGCGAUUAUUAUUAUAAUUUUUAUUUUUUCAUUUGAGGUUUUGUUUUUUUUUUCAGUAGAACCUACAAUUUUCUAGAUUUUUCGGCCAGUGGAAGGGGCCGAUACCAGCAGCAAAAGCUAAGCAUAUUUUUUUAAUAUAAUUAUAUAUAUAUAUAUAUAUAUAUAUAUAUAUAUUAUUAUUUUUUAUUAUUAUUUAUUUUAUCUUUUUAAGCUACUGGUUUUCUACCAUACCACACUGAGGCGUAGAUGUAAGAAGGAUCGUUAUGGGGGAGAAGCAAUCUCAGCCAUCAUUAUAUGAUACCGCUUCUCCCCCAUGUAUGGAGGAGGAGAUUUAGAUCAGCGCUACUAUCUACAGGAUAGCACACCGAUAUGUGGGGGCAAUGUGUGAACUGUCGGUAAUGCAGGAAAAUUUCCGGCGGCUGCAGGUGUCAUUGCCCAUACACCGUAGCAGGGAUAGCGCUGUCCCUGGCUGUGGAGGCUGCCGUCUCCAGGCUGCGUGGAGAUCUCGCGAGAGUAGCAAGAUUUUGUGCAUGCAUUUAUGAGCCUGCGGGGAGGAGAGAAACAGCUCAUCAGCACUAUACGAUGGUCUGGCAAUGAUCGCCGGAGGGGAUGGGGGAGGGGAGUGGCAUCUGAGAUGUUAAUACAUCUCGUCACUGCCUCUUCCUGUUUCACCUCUGUAAAGAGAAACAGGAAGCUUUAUACCCGUACGAUAUGUGCGGGUAUAAUACAGCAACACCUGAAUUUUGCAUACGUGUCCAUCCACAAGGAGGAUAAGGUAAUCAGGAUAAACCGUAGGAAAUAUGAGCAGAUUAUUGAGACUGCCCACACACUGCACAAUAUCGGGACCUUUUGGCUUAUAUCUUCUGGCAAGUCUGAGCAAUCAGACAAUUGAAGCCAAGCAAAACACUCAUGCCUACACAAUAAAAUAGACUUGUCAGAUCUGCCCAAUGAUUGGAUAGUGUGUACCUACAUUUACAGUAUAAUUCUACUCAAAGUAAACCUUUCAUUUUAAGGUUGAUUCAGGUGAGGUCACGCAGUGUAUGUAACUGAACAGGAAUUAUUUCCUAUUGCUCCGGAUGGCAUUAUUCCCUCACUGCUGCUGCUGCCAUUGCUUUUGAUAUUACAUUUACUUGAAUCUACCCUCUUUUUUCUUUUUUUUUUUAUCAACUACUGAGCUACUUGUGUAACUUUGCACAUGCAUUUCUACUCGGUGCCUAUAACAUGACCUAGGUAAAGGGUGUUCUUGCGGAUUUAAAUUCCUGUAAUUUAAUUAGAAAUUUCAGCCUUGGCUUCAUUACCGUGGGCCUAAUUCAGACCUCAUUGCUGUUGUGCGAAAUCGCACUGCGGCCAAUUAUCAAACAACCGCGCAUGCCUACGGAUUGUAAUGCGCAGGUGCGAGGCGUUCUGCAAAAAAUCCUGUGUCCUUUUUGAUCGCUAGGCGAAUGCAGGCUCAUUGACAGGAAGCGGGUGUUUAGGGGUGGUAACUGGACAUUUUCUGGAAGUGCCUGGAAAAUUGCAGGCGUUUUCAGGGAGGGUGUGUGACGUCAGCUCCGGCCUGAUCAGCUUGUUUCUUUCGCACUGUAGGAGUCCUGGGCUACGCACAGACUAGAAAAAUCAUUUGAUAGUGAGUUGCAAACGGAUUUGCAUCUGACCUGCGUUUGCAAAGCUUUUCGUGCGGUGUACGCAGACUUGCACGGGGCAGUAUUUCACUGGGCGGUGACUAUUUGCAGAGGUGCGAUCAGGUCUGAAUUAGGCCCUUAGUUCUUAUGAGCUUUAUGCUUUUACUUCCCUGUCUUCCUAAGAACCAAGUAGUGUAGCUGACAAAAUCCAGUGUCUGGAUUGAUUUGUGGCCGCAACCCAUACAAGUGCAAAUAAGGACCACUGUAACUUGAAUGCAUCAUAGUCGAAACAUCACAUUUGAUGUAUAUGAUGUGAUGCUUUAAUAAAACGUUUUUUACAAAGAAAAGCUUUCAAGCAUUUACAUAUAUUUUCAAAAUCAUUCUAAUUAAUAAUGACUCAAAUUUAUACAUGUUCUAUUAAUUUACUGUUGUCAUUGUGUUUGUCCAACCCUUGUCCUGUUUUGUAUUAAUGUGUAAUUUCCAUACUCUGGCUGUGGUCUGUGCUUAACACUGCACUCUAAGAUAGCCAUAAAGGUUAUUUAUGAUUGCACUUUUUAAAUUGUUGUAGAGUGUGGCUUGGUCAAUGGGAAGUCCCAUCUAAGGGGGUAAUUCAGAGUUGAUUGCAGCAGCAAAUUUGUUAGCCGUUGGGCAAAACCAUGUACACUGCAGGGGGUGCAGGUAUAACAUGUGCAGAGAGCAGUAGCGGAUCUUGCCACGGGCAAGCAGGACUUUUGCCCGGGGCGCCGCCUUCCGGAGGGCGCCGCACCAUGGCAAGAUCCGCUGCUGCUGUGGUGCUGCCCGCUGUCCUGGGAAGGGAAACUAGACGCUACGCGUCUAGUUUCCCUUCUUGGGCUGCCCGCUGUGAAGGGAAACUAGAUGCUACGCGUCUAGUUUUCCUUCCUGGAGAGGACCUUAACUGUAAUG